AAGUACUAGCUCUUGUAAAAAAAUAAAAAAAGAAUAAAAGUAGAGUAGCAGUGAUUAGAUAGAUUUGUGGUUACGAAAAGAAGCAAAAGUGUCGGAGAUGGAUGUGAGUAGCAAUAGCAACGGAGAAGAAGAUAACUCAAAGAAAGGAUUGGAAGGAACUGGUUUAGUUUUACCCAUUAAUCGUCACUCCAAUUUGAAAAGUGCUUCCUCCGAUCACGACUUCACCCAAAUCCUCACACACAUCAAAUCCUCCAAAAUUCCCGCUGUUAUCAAUUAUGGUGCCUCAUGGUGUGGCGUUUGUAGCAAAAUUCUACCUGCAUUCUGUAGACUGAGCAACAAAUUUCCAAAGCUUAACUUUAUAUAUGCAGAUAUUGAUGAAUGCCCGGAAACAACUCAACACAUUCGAUACACUCCGACGUUCCAGUUUUUCCGGGAUGGUGAAAAGGUAGAUGAAAUGUAUGGUACUGGAGAAGAGAGGCUGCAUGAUCGCCUGUGGUUGCACUCCUGAUGAUAUAUGCUAAGAUGUAGACAUUCUGUUUUCAAUUUCUCAAUUUAUGUAAUAUUGGCAAUGGCAAUUGGCAUUUGCCUAUCAUCAACAAUUGAAUGUGUUUCAGGCUGAAAUCUAAUUAUUGAAUGACUACAUUUGAAACUA